CCCCUCUUUCAUGUCAGUUGCAAAUUGACAUUGGUGUGUAGUGCGUGUUCUUUCAGCUUAAGUAUUAUCCUAAUUUAAAAAUGCCGAAAAAAUUGAAAGUUGUUGUGAAAUCUCUGUAUUCACAUGAAAUUCGCAAAGACGUGAGUUUGGAUAACUUAAAAUCUUUGAGACUUGAAGAUGCGUGGCCAUUUAUCAGAGACGAGAUCGAAAUUGAAAUCGGGAAUAGUCAGUUGAUAUGCAUCCCGCACAUUACAGAAGCCUUUUUUUACAAAUGCACAUCUCUUUUCGUUCAAAAUGAUAAGGAAAUAAAUGGCAAAAUGUUCACUCCGUUGGGUGAAUUGGUGAAGAAUGUUAAUAAAGAGAAAUCUGAUAGCAAUUACGUGAAAUGGUUGGAGGAGGGCAAUUUCCUCGACAGUGACUUCAAGUUUCCCCACGAAAGCGUAAAGAUAACUUUACAAGAUGAGAAAAUCAAAAAUAAAGUGAGGGUGAUCAUGGUGAAUUUUUCAAAAUGUUCAAUCCCAAAGAACAAGGAUCUCGUCAACAAUAUUUACUUGGAUGUUAAGAAUAACAAAGACUUACAAGGCAAGAAAUCGGUGUACAUGAUCACGAGUGUGCUCAUGGCUAAGACGAUCGAGUUUCGCGUCACUCGCUGUACUUCAUCCAGGAUCUUCCACCUAGGGAAUGCCUCACCACUCGUCUUCGGGUUGGAGGAAUUCUUGAUUGGAGAGGACGGAAAGUUAACGGCGAAGCAACCCGUCGGCAUCGUGUCAAAAUCACUUCACUGGAAAAGAGUGGAUCCAUCCGACCAUCUGUAUAACCCUGAAGAUGCGGAAGCCUGUGCGGCCUAAGCGUUUUCAUAUAAAUUCGGGGCACGCUUAUUUAGUUGAGUAAAACUACAAAAAAUCAGCAUAGGGAAAAGCUGAUAGCUGCUUUAUGUUACACUCCUAUAGAUGAAUUUACUUUGACAGCUUUGUGAGCUAGUUUUUAGAAGGCAAAGACCUUCGACGAGAUCAACGACUCAUUGAAUGAGUUGUAAAUGUAGUAUAUCUAAGUUACAUUUCAUCGUCUUUAUAAAAUCACUAUGAAAACACUUUGUUAUUUAAAUUUUGGAAAUUAUUCUAAGCACUAUAUGUGAUCAAGAGGUCUUGCCUUUAUUGAAAAA